GCAUAGUAACCAUUCAAUGACGAGACAAAAUGGUUUCUAGGGAUUCAAUAUAAAUUUCCUCUCCUUUUAUAGAUAGUCGAAAAAUGGUGAAAAGAGAUUAAUUUGAGGCUAUUUGAUGAAAUGAAGUGCCGUUAUAUGAAUUAUGAUCAAAGCCGUGACGUUCUUUUGAUACAAAACUAAUAUUUUUAUAAUACUCUGGUAAAUUAAUUAAAGAUAUAAUACAAAUUAAAUAUUAUGCACCGAAGAAUGUUUCUUUGGACCUCGAUCGUUUGCAUGGGGACAUGUGCGUCAAUAUGACUCGUACGUCGUGAGCUGGUAUGAACUAUAAAGAAGAGUGUGAGUAUCUGAACCCAAGUUAACCAAAACCAACUCCGAGAAUUUUCUUCUUUAGAGAAAAACUUUUUUUUUCCUUCUUCCUUAUUUCUUUCUCUUUCGAAGAAGUGAAUCUGGACGAAGAACUAAGGCCGUCAUUUCGGAACUUGAACCAUCAAAUUCAUCAAAAAGAAUUAAAAAUCUUAAGUCUUUGAAUUUCUUCUUCUAUAUAAACUUCUUGACUCACCAGAAACCUGAAUAUUUCAUUUCGUUUUUUUCUUCUUGGUCAUUAAGACAUGAAGUUCUUCGGGUGGAUGCAGAACAAGCUACAUGGGAAACAAGGGAUUAAUACUCAUAGACCAAGCAUAUCCUCUGUUUCUUCUCAUCAACCGAGAGAGGAGUUUAGCGAUUGGCCUCAUGGACUACUCGCGAUUGGAACGUUCGGUAACAAAGCGCAGACAUCACAAAAAGUUGAUCAAGAAGAGAUUCAAGAAGAGACGGUGUCUAAAGUGGAAGGUCAAGCACAAGAUAGAGAUCAAGAACUUUCUUCAACCGAUGAUCUAGAAGAAGAUUUCACUCCAGAGGAAGUUGGGAAACUGCAGAAGGAGCUGACGAAACUCUUGACGAGAAGGAGCAAGAAGAGGAAGUCUGAUGUGAAUCGAGAAUUGGCGAAUCUUCCUUUGGAUAGAUUCUUGAAUUGUCCUUCGAGUCUUGAGGUCGAUAGAAGAAUCAGCAACGCGCUUUGUGAUGAGAAGGAAGAAGACAUUGAGCGUACAAUCAGUGUUAUCUUAGGGAGAUGCAAGGCGAUUUCGACAGAGAGCAAGAACAAGACGAAGAAGAGUAAGAGAGACUUGAGCAAAACCUCUGUUUCUCAUCUUCUCAAGAAGAUGUUUGUCUGUACAGAGGGUUUCUCUCCAGUUCCUAGCCCUAGCUUGAGAGACACGUUUCAAGAAACAAGAAUGGAGAAGUUGCUGAGAAUGAUGCUACACAAGAAAAUAAACACUCAAACUUCUUUAAAGCAAACAUCAACGAAAAAAUACUUGCAAGACAAGCAACAACUUUCUUUGAAGAAUGAGGAAGAAGAAGAAAGAAGUAGUAGCGAUGGGGGUAAAUGGGUCAAAACAGAUUCCGAUUUCAUUGUUCUUGAGAUCUGAAUAUUUGAUUCACUGUUCCCUUUUCAUGUUCUUUCAAGAAAGUACAGAUAGAGAAUCUUCAAUGAUAUCGAUCAAGACAAAGAAAAUUCAAAACAUUCCAAUCAAUUUCAUCAUUUUCUUUCUGAUGGAAGUUUUUGGGUCUCUCUCUAUCUGCAGAGAGCCCAUGAGUCCCUUUUUUUGCAUGGUUGGGUCCAUAAAACCAAAACAUGUUUUGGGAACUAAAACAUCAGAUAGUACAUGAGAUAUUUGUAUGCGUAUGUGUGUAUAUUAUAAAGAUAGAUGAUAUAUACAUGUAUGCACGUAGUUGUGUAUUUUCAGGUGGAUAACCUUUGGUUUAUAGAAAGACCUUUUUUUUUUAACAUGCUCUGUAAUCUCUUUUUACUUCUUGUAACACACAAGACUAUUCAGAUUAAUAAUACCUUUUUUCUUA